AUGAUCAUCGUAUAUUUACAUCCUAACCGUUACAAGUAUAAUCCAGUAACGGAAACAGUGGUGAACGCUCUAUCGUUUAAUUAUCCAACAGCUCCAUACGGCGUUUAUUGUGCAGAUGAUAUUAAUGAACUGAACAAUGGUGUGAAAAAUUGGGACAGCUGUGUUUCGGCUAUCGGAUGGGGUGACUUUCUAAUCUUCGAUGUUUUACUAUUAUUGAUUGUACCACAUAAUUCUUCGAUUGUGAUAAGAGUAUGCAGAGCAUUCGGUUGCUUAGCUAACAUAGAACUUGUUGAUUUAUGUACUGGUUUCAUACUUUACUUUAGUGAUUUUAACGGUUUACCGACUUUGCCUCUUCCCACGGUUGUUGUCAGUGCUUACCUUAUCGUCGUUGAUGUCAUCAUUGAAUCUUCAAAACUUGGCUGUGAAGAUCCGUUUAAAUGGAGGACAAGUCUUCAUUACAACUAUUGA